CCGUGUGCCUGUGAGCCCCGUGCAGACAUGAGCCCCAAAAGCUGCCUCGGCUGCACCAAGUGCUUCCUCUUCCUCCUCAACCUCUUCUUCUUCUUCCUGGGCGUCCUCCUCCUCGCCUUCAGCUUUUGGGUCCUCUUCGACCGGCAGAGCUUCGCCGCCGUGCUGGGGUCACCGCUGGUCAGCCUGAGGGUCUGGUCUUACGGCUUCUCUGGGGUCGGCAUCGUCACGAUGCUCCUGGGCUUCCUGGGCUGCCUGGGGGCCCUCAAGGAGGUCAAGGUCAUGCUGGGGCUGUAUUUUGGGCUCCUUCUGCUGCUCUUCACCGCCCAGAUCACGGUGGCCAUCAUCGUCUACACGCAGCGGGCUGCUCUGGCUACAAAGGUGGCCACCUACGCAGAGGAGCUGAUCCGUGGGUACCCAGCCCAGGGACCACCGGGGGACCCCCACGAGAGCUGGGAUGCUGUUCAGCAGCAGUUCGGCUGCUGUGGCUGGAAAAGACCCCAGGACUGGGACCACCACGAUGACACCACCACGGACAGGGACAGGGGCAGGGCCAUCGCCUGCUCCUGCCUCAGGGCACCCAACGGCACCCACAAGAACCCAUGGAUGCUUCCCCACGGCCGCUGCCCCACGGCUGACCCCGAAGACAUCUUCCCCAGGGGCUGCAAGGAGAGCGUCCAAACGUGGCUGGCUGGAAACCUGGUCACCGUCGUGGGGGUUUGCGUAGGCAUCGGCCUGGGGGAGCUGUCCCUGCUGAUGCUGUCGAUGUUUCUGGUCCGGAACCUGGACUCCCACUACGAGAAGCUGCUGCGGGGGCUCUGAGGGGGCUAGGGUGGUGUGGGGGGAAGCGGGGAGGGCUUUGUCCUUCAAUAA